AUGGUCACCAAUGUGGGGGGGACCUCUCAAUGGCUUCAGGGACUCAAACAUGGCGUUAACGGCCACACCUCCCGAAUAUCCGUGCUUCUCAUUGGACAGUUAACGCGAAGUCAUAACAGCAUCGUCCCUGGCCUCUUUGGGAGACACCUAGACACAUCAGAAGCACGAAAUGGUGAGUGUGCCUUGGGCUGCUGGGAUCCUGAGAGGUGGGUUGGGACAUUUGCUCCUUUGCAGCACCAGCAGCUGCAUUUCCCCCUGGAGCUGUGCAGUCCAGUGGGAGGUGGAGUCUGCCCAGGAGGCAUGCCUGUGCCCACCUGCUCUUCAACCUUAGAACUUGUGGUGUUGGACUCAGAUGUCAUCCCCCUUGUGUCACGAAUUCUAGGAUUGAAGGAGACAGUGACAUUUGAGGAUGUGGCUGUGGACUUCACCUUAGAAGAAUGGACUUUGUUGGAUUCUAGUCAAAAGAAGCUCUACAGAGAUGUGAUGAAGGAGACAUUUUGGAACCUGAUCUCCAUACAGAAAACACUAGAAGAAAAUAUUGAAGAGGACUACAAAGAUCUGAGCAGAAAUAUGGGAACUCCAGUGCUUGAGGAAGACUGUGGAUAUGAAUGUGAUACUGAGUGUGAUAAAAAGCAGGAAGCUGUUACAGAGAAUAUCAGCAGUAAAGAUAUGCCUCCUGGAGUAAGAGUUCAUGACAGCCCACUGCCUACUCUACAUGACCAGAAUGAUGAAGGAAUCCAUAAAGAAGUGAAACACUUUGUAUGCAAGCUCUGUGAGGAAUCCUUCAUUGAUCCCAGUGAGCUUUUCAACCAUGAAAAUAGUCAUAUUGGACAGAAAAUGUUCAAUUGUAGGCAAUCUAGCAAAACAUUUACAUAUGCAGAAUGUUUUGAGAGUCAUAAAGUCAUUCACACAGAAGAGAAGCCGUAUGCUUGCAAGCAUUGUGGAAAAGCAUUUGCCACCUCUGGUAUUCUAAAUGUUCAUGAAAGGAUUCAUAGUGGAGAGAAGCCUUAUACAUGUAAGCAUUGUGAAAAAGCCUUCAGUCACUCCAGUAGUCGUAACAAACAUGAAAGAAGGCACACUGGAGAGAAGCCUUAUGCAUGUAAGUAUUGUGGAAAAGCCUUCAUUGACCUCAGUAGUCAAAAAAGACAUGAAAGUGUUCACACUGGAGAGAAGCCUUAUGCAUGUAAACAGUGUGGAAAAGCAUUUACACGCUCCAGUACUCUCAUCAUUCAUGGAAGAAUACAUAGGAGAGAAAAGCCUUAUGCAUGCAAGCAUUGCAACAAAGCUUUCAGGGACUCUAGCAGUCGUAACAGACAUGAACGGAGUCACACUGGAGAGAACCCUUUUCUAUGUAAAUAUUGUGGAAAAGCUUUUCUUGACUCUAAGAAUCUUAAGACACACGAAAGUAUUCACACCAGAGAGAAGUUGUAUGCAUGUAAGCAUUGUGGAGAGACUUUUAGGGACUCCAGUAGUCGUAACAAACAUGAGCGUAGUCACACUGGAGAGAAGCCUUAUGCAUGCAAGCAUUGUGGCAAAGCCUUCAGUGACUCCAGUAAUCGUAACAAACAUGAAAGAAAGCACACUGGAGAGAAGCCUUAUGUAUGUAGGCAUUGUGGAGAAUCUUUCAGGGAAUCCAGGAUUCGUAACACACAUGAAAGAAGGCACACUGGAGAGAAGCCUUAUGCAUGUAGGCAUUGUGGGAAAGCCUUCACUGAACUCAGUAAUCAAAAAAGACACGAGAGUGUUCACACUGGAGAGAAGCCUUAUGCAUGUAAGCAGUGUGGAAAAGCAUUUAGACUCUCCAGUGAUCUCAUCAUUCAUGGAAGAACUCACACCAGAGAAAAGCCUUAUGCAUGCCAGCAUUGUGGCAAAGCUUUCAAGGACUCCAAUACUCGUAACAGACAUGAAAAAAGGCACACCGGAGAGAAGCGUCAUACAUGCCAGCAUUGUGGCAAAGCCUUCACAGAGUCCAGUAAUUGUAAAAAACAUGAAAGUAUUCACACAGGAGUUAAGCUGUAUACAUGUACGCAUUGUGGAAAAGAAUUUACACGUUCCAGUGCUCUGAUCAUUCAUGGAAGAAUUCAUACUGGAGAGAAGCCUUAUGUAUGCAAGCAUUGUGGCAAAGCUUUCAUGGACUCUAGUAAUCGAAACAAACAUGAACGGACUCACACCGGAGAGAAGCCUUAUGCAUGCAAACAUUGUGGCAAAGCUUUCGGUGACUCAUGUGGUCGUAAUAGACAUGAAAGAAAGCACACUUGA